ACUUCACCUCCUCGAAAUCCCCCGUCGGUGACCCGGUUGCUUGCUCGAUAGCCGCCUCUCCUGGUCCCAACUCAACCCAGCACAAUGCUUUGCUUCCAGUGCCGGGCCGUGCCCGCCAGUCUCCGGUCGUCCAUGACCGCGGCCACCAGACUCCCCAUCUCCGCACCCACCUCCGCCGCCCGCGCAUCAACAACAACCACGCCCAUCCGCACGCUCAUCACCACCACUUCCGCCUUCUCGCCUCUUCGCGCACAACUCCGCAACCCCCAACGACCCCAAUCCUCCACUAUCUUCCCCUCGAUCUCCGCCCCCCUUCUCCCCUCCACCACAUUCCCCUGCACAACCGCCCUGCAACAAUCCCGAUCCUUCUCCGCCAGCGCCUCCCUGCUCGGAAAGCGCGCCACCUAUAAUCCCUCGCGGCGCGUGCAGAAGCGGCGUCAUGGAUUCCUGUCCCGGGUUAAGACCAGGGGUGGUCGGAAGAUCAUCCAGCGGAGACGUGCCAGGGGCCGGAAGAAUCUGAGCUGGUAGAUUGAUUUUGUGCGGACGGCUUAGAUGUUUGAUGGGGUGGGGGUUGAUUUCUACUGUCGUGUUUGGCUGUUCUGGUUCUGUUGUGCUUGCGUAUCUUAUUCUUACACUGAGAGGGGUAACUUGUUUGGAUUCUUUGGUUCUUGUUGUGGAUGGGGUAUGUGGGAUUGGUGGGACUCUCAUCCGGGGAUUAUUGAUCGGUUUCCAUGACGGGAAGGAUAUCGUUCGGUGAUCUGCUGUUACCUACUAGGUCUGUCCUGUGGGGGGAAAGAGUGGUGCGGUAGACUCGAUGGGGUUUCGUUUGUUCUGAUGGCUGUAUUUUACCACCUUUAUAUUACCUGUUUGUACGAUAUACAUACAUCUUUAUCUGCAUGUGCGAAUUUCUUUUUUUCUUGGGAGUUUCAAUGCAUAUGUUGCAUGC